UUGAUAAUAACACCUCCACAUGCAGCUCUGGAGACUACAUGUACGAUGGAUGUGACCAACUUCCCGUUCGACAAACAGGAGUGCAAAAUUGACAUCGGCUCUUGGCAGUACAAGGCCACCGAGAUUGACAUCUUCUGCAGCAGCCCCACCUUCGACACCUCAUCCUACGCGGACCACACCCAGUGGAAACUGUUGGAUACAUCUUGUGAGCGAUCAGAGAGUGUGUACUCCACUGGGAAGUUCAGCUCCCUCCGAUUCACUAUCAACUAUGGCCGCAUGAACUCAUUCUACAUCCGAAACAUCAUCCUCCCCAACUCAGUCCUUCUAGCCCUCAGCAGCCUCACCUUUUUCAUCCCCAACAACCUCGGAGAACGAGUCGGGUUCGGAGUCACUGUCACCUUGGCACUCUGCGUGAACUUAAUCAUCGUGAUCGAUUUUGUCCCGGAAACCUCAAAGACUAUUCCCAAUAUCUGCAACUACUUUCUAGUCAGCAUUUUCCUGUCCGGUUUCUCAAUUCUACUUGCGACUAUGUCUAUAAAUGUGAGUUUUUGGAUCCAGCAUCUGAACCCGACAGUUGCGGAGAACUUCAGAAAAAUAUUUCCUGGCGGUUCCUCAGUGGUGACUAUGAAUACAAAACUGCCAGAUGACGUCACGAGUCUAUCGGAGCCGUCUGGGAGACGGGAUUCAACUGCAACCUCAGUUCUCCAUCCGGAGAAGAAACGAGAAAAGUACGAGGAUUUUAUGCAACAAGCAUUCGAAAACAAGAAAAAGCGACUGGAGAACGUUGUGAGAAUUUUCGACGGCGUAGUUGGCUCGGCUUACUUGCUUGCGACUACUUUGUACAGCGUGAUGUUUAUUGUAGUUAAACAGUGAACAUAUUUGAACAAACUGUGUAAAAAACUCCAAAGCAUGAUAACCUAAGCAUGAUAACCUAAAAACAGUUUUAACUAACUAUCUUUAGGGCAUGCUCCCAUUCCACUAAAUGAAUACUCCUUUCUACUCUACAUGUUUGCCCCCUGUUAAAUAACUUUCAGCUCUGAGUAAUUUUGAUUUUUUAAAACA